UUUGCAUACAGACAACAUGCGCUGUUUGUGGUUUUGACAUCCAACGGCUCUAGCGGUGACUUUACUCUUCUCAGUUGCAGUCUGAACUUGGACAAUGCCACAAGCAAUGAAGUGCACAGCGUUCGUUUUCAUUAUUCUCUUCGCUGCAUUAUUCGCGCACAUCAACGCCGAUUACGAGGAGAAGACGGAGGAUGAUUUCUUAAGCGCCGGCGAGCGUUGUUUCCAGCGUGAGCGUUUGGCCGCCUCCUAUCAGCGUCGCUUCGACAACUUUGAUUAUCCGGACGAGGAGCCGGUCCAGCGUUAUGUGCACUGCAUUUGGACAGAGUUGAAAUUGUGGAAUGAUCGCACCGGUUUCAACGUCGAACACAUAGCGGCACUUUAUCGCGAUAAGGCGAAUACGGAAGUGUUGGUGCCGAUAUUGAGCGACUGCAAUCGGAAUGCACAGAAUGAACCGACCCUCAAGUGGUGUUACAGGGCCUUCAAGUGUGUGCUAAACAGUCGGGUGGGUCAGUGGUUCAAGGAGGAUGUCGGUCGCAAGUUGGAAGAGCGGCGUGUGGGAAAUCAUGUCGCUUGAAUUGCUUUGCACACGCAUACAUACUUACUUACGUUUGCUGUUUAUUUGCUGAUAAGCAAGCACAUCUGUUUUCGUUAAAAUAAAAUAUUUGUUGUUUGUGAUAUAAUUAUAUGCACAUACAGUUAUUAAAAAUCAAUUUAGAAAAUCAGUGAACUGUAAUAAAUAUGAUUUUAAUCGUAAAAAAUUUAUAAUACAUGAAUGUAUGUAUGUAUGUAAACAUAUAAUAUCAGCAAAUAUAUAUGUAUGUAUACCAUAUACGAACAUAAA